AUGGCGCUUUCUAACAGCCGAGCAGAGGGAGUUCUACUUCCAGGAGUUCCAGAAAGAGUUCUGUUGGGAUACCAACCGCUACAAAGACAACAUCCACAGAAUGAGGAGGACGCAACAGAAGCAUAUUUCUGUGACCCAGGACAUCUGGGAUGCUUGGAACGCGUUCUGAACUCAGAGAAAGAGAAGAAAAGGUCAGAAACCGCCCGAGCAAAUCGGAUGAGCGAGCCAGCGGGCGCCGGUUCUGGACCUGUCCGCCAUACUGGUGGAUCUCGCUCUGCUCUGAAGCAUAUGGAUGUGAUGGAAAGGGAGCUUGGCCGGAAACCGAGUGCGACGGAGUUGUACACUCGCCUUCACUGCACGAAGGCUGACAAGAAGCCGGUCGACAAACGGGCUCAGGAUAUGACUGACGCCAUCACUGAGAGACUUGCUGCUGCGACACAGCCUCAGACCGGAGAGGGUAGCUCCUCGAGCCCAGCUGCAGUGGACGAGACCCAGGUGUUUCUAGACAUCGAGGGCAUCAACAAGAAGAAACGCGUGUACGGGUUGGGUUCUGCGAGCAGCAGGUACGCCGGGCCAAGCAGCAGGGUGCAGCGAGUCAGCUCUUCUAGGACGUCGCAGCAGGCAGACGAGGAGGUCGAGCGCCGUGUGCAGGCCGGCAUUCAGGAGGGUCUGCGACUGGCUCGGGAACAGCAGGCUGCGAACAUGGCCCAGAUGAUACGCGAGGAGAUUGCCAGGAUGAUUCCUAACCUUCCGGCAGAGUAUCGGCCACAGCGCCCACCUACCCCACCAAACGAUGACGACACACCAGCUUUGUAG